CGAUGCACAGCAUCCAUUCAUACUGCCUAGUUCUAGUCCGCUCACAGACCUUAUCAUCGAUCACUAUCAUCGUAUUCAUUGCCACCCUGGCACCGAUACAUUACACGCUAUAUUACGUCAACAAUUCUGGAUAUUAUCAGCACGCCGCAUCAUUCGACAUAAAACGUAUAAAUGUAUAAGAUGUUUCCGUUGCCGCGCUCAGCCCGAAAUGCCUGUCAUGGCUGACCUUCCAGCCGACAGAGUUAUACCUCAGCCCGUAUUUAGUCACGUGUCAACAGACUUCGCCGGUCCAUUUUUACUUAAAUCAAGUCAACUACGGAAUGCUAAGUUAAUCAAAGGUUACUUUUGUAUAUUCGUUUGUCUCACUACAAAAGCGGUUCACUUGGAACCCGUAUCCGCACUUUCUACAGAUGCAUUUAUUGCCACGUUACAAAGAUUUUGCUCACGUCGCGGUGUUCCCGUUUUAAUACGUUCCGAUUGCGGCACAAACUAUGUAGGUGCUAGGAAUCAGCUCCUAGAAGUUCAACAAUUUCUCAAUGACAAUAAUGACGCCAUUUCCCAUAAACUCUCAGCUCAAAAUAUAACUUGGUUACUUAAUCCGCCCAAGGCCCCGUGGAUGGGAGGCAUCCACGAGAUUAAUGUCAAAUCAACAAAGCAACUCCUCUACCGUGUAAUCGGUGAACAACGCCUCACAUUUGAGGAAUUCUCAACUCUGCUCGCUAGAAUUGAGGCCGUAUUAAAUUCUCGGCCUAUCAGCCCACUAUCGUCCGAUCCUACGGACUAUCAGCCCCUCACAGCCGGCCAUUUUCUCAUAGGCCGUCCGCUCACAGCUCUUCCCGAGCACACAAUAGAUGACAGAGUCAUCUCCCCCCUUAAGCGCUUUCAGCUCAUUCAAUCUCUCUCUCAGCGUUUUUGGGCUCUCUGGACCAAGUCCUACCUCCAUACCCUUCAAAUCCGCUCCAAAUGGCUUUCCUCUUCCUCUCCACCCAAAAUUGGGGAACUGGUUCUGCUCAAAGAAGACAAUCUGCCUCCGCUCCAAUGGAAGAUGGGAAGAAUCACACGCCUACUACCUGGGAAGGAUGGAGUCAUCAGAGUUGUGGACUUGGCCACCUCACAAGGCCAGCUGCGGAGACCUGUCGGCAAGAUUGCCCGGCUCCCACUGGAUUCAGCUCAAGAUGGGGAUCAGCUCACGCCCAUUGCCGGGCCCCCCCAGGAUGUUCGCGCCAAACUUUAGCGCGACGAAUGUGGCAGUUG